AGACGUCAGCUUGGCAGCAGUGGAGGAGUGGAGGAGUGGAUGGCCUCGAUAAUACAAAUACAUGAAGAGAAUUGAGGGAAAGGAGAAGAUUGACCGGAGGAGGAGCAGUAGCAGCAGCAGCAGCAGCGUGUGUCUGUCUUUCCUCAUCAUUUCCACCCCUGACGUGAAUCUGGGAUAAUAUUCCUCCACCGCGCUGAGUCGACGGUCUCCGGCUGAAAGGCUGUGUUAUAUGUGUCUUUCUUGUGUUUUUUGAGCAGACACAAGGAGAUAACUGUACUGUAUCCCAGCCUAGCGGAUUGGAGUGAAAGUCCGCCAUAUUCUGCCUUACCACGCCCGGGAGUCGAGCCAGUGGAAAACAAACCUGGGGUCGCCUUAUUUUUCAGGUUUCCCUGGUUCUCCUCAUCCACGACGAUAACUUGGACACGCGCGGAUUUUCUUUUAAGUGUGUGUGUGUGUGUGGUUGAAAUUCUCCAAACACUUUGAAGAAGAGGCUGGUCAUGCCUGACGAGAUCACUGUACGGAGGAUGUGUCUGAAAAGGAUCUGUUGAUCAUAUUGAGAAAGAGGGGAAAGAAGAUUACACCAAUUAAGACAGUCAGCCUUGAAAACAUCGCUGUUUUUAUUUUAAGGGAGGCACAGAAAGACGAACCGAAACGGGGGGAGGAAGAGGGGCGGGGAGGCGGGGGUCAAUUAUUUCUCAAAACAUCUUAUUUUUCCAUUUCCCCCAACUACAAUCUGUGCGCUGUCCUGGCUCAUUAGAAAGGGCGUCCACGCGUUGCUGCUGGGCCUGUAUGAGGACGUUAUUUCACAUCCACAGGCCCCCGUGUGUGUGUGCUUUUUCUGCCCAGACGACGAAUCUAAAGUCUGGAUGAAUUAGUAAAAGUGAGUGUUUGAAUAAUAAUUAAAAAAAGUAGGAAAGAAUGACCCUGGAAUCCAUAAUGGCGUGUUGCCUGAGCGAGGAGGCGAAAGAAGCCAGGCGGAUCAACGACGAGAUCGAAAGGCAGCUCCGCCGGGACAAGAGGGACUCACGCCGGGAGCUGAAACUGUUGCUUCUCGGCACUGGGGAGAGUGGGAAGAGCACAUUCAUCAAACAGAUGAGGAUUAUCCAUGGUGCCGGUUAUUCUGAGGAGGACAAAAGGGGUUUCACCAAACUGGUCUAUCAGAACAUCUUCACAGCCGUGCAGGCCAUGAUCCGAGCCAUGGAGACACUCAAGAUCCCCUACAAAUAUGAGCACAACAAGGGUCACGCCAGUAUUGUGCGAGAAGUGGACGUAGAAAAGGUCUUUGUGUUUGAGAAUCCUUACGUAGAUGCAAUCAAAAGCCUAUGGAACGAUCCAGGCACCCAGGAGUGUUAUGAUCGAAGGAGGGAAUAUCAACUCUCAGACUCCACUAAAUAUUACCUGAAUGCAUUGGACCGGAUCUCCAGCCCGUCUUACCUUCCCACACAGCAGGACGUGUUGAGGGUUCGAGUCCCAACCACAGGAAUCAUUGAAUACCCAUUCGACCUGCAGAGUGUCAUAUUCAGGAUGGUGGACGUUGGUGGUCAGAGGUCGGAGAGGAGGAAGUGGAUCCACUGCUUUGAGAACGUCACAUCCAUCAUGUUCCUGGUAGCGCUCAGCGAGUACGACCAAGUGCUGGUGGAAUCUGACAACGAGAACCGUAUGGAGGAGAGUAAAGCUCUGUUUAGGACAAUAAUCACGUACCCCUGGUUCCAAAACUCCUCGGUCAUUCUGUUCCUCAACAAGAAGGACCUGCUCGAGGAGAAGAUCAUGUACUCUCAUCUGGUCGACUAUUUCCCAGAGUAUGAUGGUCCACAGAGGGAUGCCCAGGCAGCCCGAGAGUUUAUCCUCAAGAUGUUUGUGGACCUAAAUCCAGACAGUGACAAGAUCAUCUACUCUCACUUCACCUGUGCCACUGACACAGAGAACAUCCGCUUUGUCUUCGCGGCUGUCAAGGACACCAUCCUGCAGCUCAACCUAAAGGAGUACAACCUGGUGUAGAGCGAAGCAGGGCCUGCCAACAUGGACGCCCUCGACACACACACACACACUGACUGACAAUCUGUGAAAAGAGAGAUCAUAAUAUACACAUACCGGAAAAAAAAGAAAUCUCAGUAAUAUAAAAAAAAAAAAAAAAGUAAUGGUUGCAUAAUACUAAUUUAUUUGCCAAUUGUUGAUCUCUUGGUCCCCAAGGGGUGGGCAGUAAAUGUUCUCUUGCUAUUUAAGGAGUUGAUGAAAUAUUUGGAAGGAGGAGGGCAGGAUAUCUGGGAAGUUGGGGAGCGAUUUUGUUGCUGAAUUUAUACAGCAGAGAUCCUCGUUUUAAGGCUUUGGUUUAAGUUUUUGUUUUGUUUUUUGUGCACUGCAGGUAUGGGGGUGUCUUUUGUCCAUCAGUCUGAUACGUCAGAGCUGGACUUAAUGCAAUGUGUUCCUUCCCUCCUGCCUUUUUAUAAAGAAGAAUUUUAUUUUGACCCCUUCCUUCUCACCUGUGGAUUUAUUCUGAUGCUUUGUUUUGGCCGUUUAACCAACAGGAAACAAUGUUACACAUCUAAUUAACAACUUCCCUUUUCCUUCAAGUAUGAGUUCGCUUAAACUGUGAUUUUUAAAUUAUUUCAUAUUGAUUGACUUCAAUCAUUAUUAUUGCAUUGCAUUGACUUUGGUACCAUCCAAUGAGUUGGGCAUGUGUGAACCAUGGACGUCACAUUCUGGAGACAUGAAGAGAAAUCGGCUUUAAAAUGCUUUAUUAUUAUUAUUGUUAUUAUUUUUUUAAGCUUUGACAAAUCCAUCGCAUCACGACGCACCAUGAUGGAGACGGGUCACUUUACACAGACUGAAGGAGGGGAAGAGGAGGAGAAGGAGCGGGGGAUAAUUUAUGAGACUAGUGUUGUUAAACGGUUCCGUUCGACUGUGCCACAUUAACGCUUUUUUUUUUUUUUUUUAUUAUGGAAGUAUGUGUAUUUAUUGCCAAUGCCAAAACAAGUCAUUGCACCAGGCUCCUCUACGUGCUGUUUACUACUUCAGUGGAAAGUGGUGAGAACAGGAAAGAGCAGGGCUAAUUGUCCAAAGGAGCAUACUUAUGUAUCAAUCAGCUGAUUCUUGCAGUGUCCAGUAAAGUUGAUGGUAACACACACACACACCGACUUUAGCUGCAUUUAGUGGAGGCAGAUUUGUUAAAGAGGACGCGGCGUCCCUCCUGACCCGUAGGCUCUCCUGUCCCAUUUCUCCUGUGUCCUUACAUUUAUCCAAUUACAGUUGACUGUUCAGUAGCAGUGGAUAAUUUAAUAAUUAAUCAUUAUUUUAAUGAAUAAUUUGCUACCUACAAAGGGCGGAUGGUGUUGAUACUCUUUUUUUCAAAUGCUAAAUUAAACCCGUCAUGUUUCCAAAUUGGCACAUCAGAUUUGCAAUUCCAUCAUUCCCAAAUUGAGUAUUUUCACUUCUAUAGAAUAUAAGCCUGUAAUUUACAUUUAUUGAGGCAUAGUGCAAUUAUGAAUACUAUAAUCAUUGUACAUACAUCAAUCUCUCUCAUAUAUGACAGCAUCUUUGUUGGCUUUAUAAUCAUUCAUUUUUGGCAGAUUGAAUGUGCAGUAUUGAAAAUAUGUAUCUAUGUAAUUGUAUUGUAUGUCAAAUGAAAUUCUUUUUGGAAGAAAAAAAGGUUAUUUA